GGACACGUAUUUGCACUAUAUGAGAAACUGGGGUCUAAAGAACUUAAAAGUGGACCUAGAAAAGCACACGGCCACGGUGAGAUUCCCAGGACUUGGAGGCUCGAAGCAUGACAAAUUCGGGCUGGUUACCAUGGAAACUUUACAGCAGAUGGCGGUGGUAAUUCGCCUGUACAUUCUACACCAGCCGUAUAACGAGGCCGGGGACGAGUUCCUCGAUUGGGAUAAAGCUACAGCUGACCGGAUGUUCUUCAUCUGUUCCGCCCAGAUGACCAUGUCAGAGGCAUUGUGGGACACCUACAUCAUCAAGUGGCCUCUGGACGCCAGAGUCUCGCUCGGCAACGUGGGAAAAUCCUCUUUUUCUUUCGUCACGGAAUUUUUUCUGACAGACGUCCCGGAUAAGCCAGUUUUCCGAGAAACUGCCCAGGCGGUGGCCGUGAAUCUGUUCACCAGGAAGUCACUACCUUUGCCGGACUGGUUCCAGGAGAAAUAUUCCGGGAAAGGUGUUCUUGGACGCAGUUUCAUCAUCCGCCCCAUCGACAAGCCUGGGAAUACUUACGUUCAAAACGUCAAGGUAAGUCGAAGAGACAGUCUAAUCCCACUGUCUGUGUUUACGUGA